AUGGCAUGGAAUGAUGAUUUUAAACACUGGCCCAGUCAGUGUGACGUAAGAACAGUGGUUUGUCACAAAGGAAGAUACUUGGUUUCAACUAAAUGGCCAGCUCAAAUUUCGGUUGUACCUGGUGCGGAUAGUUUUAGUGUGGCAUGGUGGCUCACGUGA